GUUUGUGGGUGGUCGGCUGGCGGCACAUGUCAUGCACUACAAUGAAAGCAAACCACUCUGAGCUAGUAAAGAUUUGCUGAAGGGACCAGGUCGUCCGAGGCUAUCCUGUCCGCCGGGACCAAACAUUCGGCCGGUGUAGCACACCCCACCAAAUGUGUAGCCUACGACGUUGACGUCAUCGCUUCCGCUCCGCUAUCCCUCCCCCGGUGUUGGCGGUGGCGUACGGCCGCCUAGAUGCCUGCACAAUCCAACAUGGAGUAGCGCGAGACGGGGCUCUAGCGGGGCCACCCCUCGGUAACGCCAGUGCGCAUUCAGCAACGCACCCCCCCUCUUCCUCGGGCCGUCGAAAACCGGCCACCUAGAAUCUAGGAGCCAAAUUCGUGGGAUAGCCAACUUGUCUAUAUCAACCCUGAGGAUUAUAAACUUUGGGAGUCUUUAUUUUCCACAAGCAACUGGUUGGCUCGACCAGAAAAGGAGGGCAGGAGGGACACAUCCAUUCGAAGACUCAAGCAGUGAGCGUUGGGGUAGCCUAUUCACACAAAGGCAGGGAAACCCAGGGCUGAGUAUAUGUGUUGGAAAAAAUGACGAGCAGAGAGUAUGCGCCCGCAGUGGGAUUUUGUUUCAGGUGAAACGAGAAAAUGAUAGAAGAAACCCAUACAAACGAUGACAGCUACAUAGUGCGUGUGAAAGCCGUGGUGAUGGUGAGGGAUGACUCCAGUGGGGGCUGGCUGGCCCAGGACGGGGGCGCUCUGAGCAGGGUGGGGGUCUGCAGGCUCCUUCCCCCUGAGCUGGGGCUCGCGCCCCUUGGUCGUUCCCACUUCCUCAUCCACGGAGAGCGGCUACUGGACAAACAGGUGAUCCUGGAGUGUACUUUGCGGAAGGACCUAGUGUACACCAAAGCCACUCCCACAUUCCACCAUUGGAAGGUAGAGGAGAGGAGGUGUGGCCUGACUUUCCAGAGCCCUGCAGAUGCCCGUGCCUUCGACAGAGGUGUACGGAAAGCCAUCGAGGACAUGACAGAUGGCUCCACAACGUCCUCCUCAACCCUCCAGAACGAGGCUGAACUGGGCGAUGACGAUGUGUUCACCAACACCACAGACAGCUCGUCCAACUCCUCCUCCCAGAGGCUGGAGCCAUGUGUGCAUCCACUGGACUCCGCCCACCCUGCUGACUCCUCCCACAUACACAACAGCUCCAUAUCGGGACACCAGAACCUCCACGAGCCGUAUAGGCUCUCGGAUAACUACUUCCUCGAUCUGCCCCGCCCUCCCCGGCAAGUCACCUUCCAGGAGGACGAGGAGAUUGUCCGGAUCAACCCUCGGGAGUGUUCUUGGGAGUUCCCCUUUAAUUCCUCAUCCCGCUCAGAGCACCGCGGCUACCACCUACAGCGCUGCGCGGUCCCCGGCUAUGAGGACUACCGACACACCAUCCGCCCACCGGAUGACUCGGAAUCCUACGUCCACUUUGCCAAGAGCGAUCCCCGCAAACACGACUACACCUACCCCCUGGCGCCGGCGCGCUUGGACCCCUCUGACUCUGACUCCACCCUCAGACCCUUACCCAAGAGCCACCAGUGUCACACGGGGGGGCACGUCUUCAGCGGGGGCGUGGUCUCUGCUCAGCCCCGCCCACUCCUCCCAGUCGCCUCCAACGGGGACGACAAGAGGUCCGACGAGGGCGAGGUCGGUGCGCGCCUGCGGUGCCAGUACUGCAGCGAGACAUUCUACCGGGGCAACAACCGGCGGGGGCGGUGCCAGGACGCGCCGGACCCGGUCAAGGCCUUCGUCCGGCGGGUCAGCUGCAUGUGGCUGGCCGACACCAUGCUCUACCACUGUAUGUCCGACCCGGAGGGGGACUACUCCAACCCCUGUUCCUGCGAGGGGGGAGGCGAGGGGGGCGGCGGGGGGGGGCGGCGGGGGGCGGAGGCUGGUCACACGCUGGGCGGCUCUCCUGGGACUGUCCCUCCUGGCCCCGUGUCUCUGCCUGUACCUGCCCCUGCACGGCUGCCACCUGGCCGGGAGGGCGUGUGGGUGCUGUGGGGGGCGGCACGAGGCCUCAAAGACAUGAACCCCCCCUCCCCCCCACAUACGUCCAUAACAAGCUCAACAACAGCACAUGGGAGGAUGCGAAGGAUGGGGAGCUGACAGCGGGGUAGUGCUAUCGUGUCGUAGUAAAUGCGGGACAAGUUGGCGGCCAUUUUGUAAACGCGGUGGAGACUGUAGAAUCGCCUUCGCUCUGGACGUCUCUUGGGCAUCUCCCCACGUGACCAUCUAGGGGCUUGAUUUGAUCCAUAUGUCAGCCUCCAGUGGUACAGCUCUAUUAUUUAAAGGCCAUUUCCAAAUAAGCCGACAUUGCGUGCAGCGAUUUAACGCGAAGGCACUUUCCGUUCUGGAUUGGAGAUCUUUCAUAACGUGCAUUGAAUCAAGCCUCUAGGUCUGUCUGUUCUUGAUUGAGGAGGGACAGCACAGCACUCUUUUUCAGGAGGGCUUUUUAAAUGGCUGGCUAAUAUGUUGUGUAUCACAUAUGCAGCUAGGUACUUUAUAUUUUUAACACAGACUGUGUUGAAGAACUUGAAACAUUUUGUUUGCAUAUGUUGUUGCAGUUAGUAACUAGGAGAUUUAAUAGUUGUUAGGAGUGCCUGCUGUUUAGCAUAGAAACUGGGUUAAAAUCUAUUUGAAAUCUUUCAAAAACGUUGAGCAUUUUCUUCAGCUUGCCUGGAGUGAAAGGUGGGCGGGGUUUGUUGUUGUUCAUUGGUUGCUGGGAGUUUGGUUGGUUGCUAGGAGUGUCUGUUGUUUGGCACAGACCUGGGUUAAAUUCUAUUUUUAAAUCUUUUUUUUUAUUUAUUUACAUUUUUUUUUACUUUACGCAAGAUGGUCAGGGCAUUCUGUUCAUUAAGCCAAGCAAUCAUAGUCAAGGACAUUUGGAAUUGGUAUUUGAACCCAGGUCUUCUGAAGAUACUUGUUUGUAUGCCAUCAUGGUGAAUGCCAAACCACUCCAGUUUCUGACUGUUCACGUACCUUAACUGGCCUUUUGUCACAAGUCCUUCACAAGUGUGUGCGUGUGUGUGUUUGUGUGUUCACUAAAGCCGCAUUGCUCCUAGUAAAACAUUUUAAUGCUUUAACCUUACUACACCAAUCCAUAAAAUGAACACAACCUUAAGAUUAUCUGCAAUAACAGCAUUCAUCAUGUUAGUGUUAGAACAUACAGUCAACCUUACAUACAUGGUCCUGGACUUCAAAAUCAUCACUGUGCAAUCUUCAGGUAUUCUAGGUAUUCUGGUGUUGGAAUCUUAAUUUGACAAUCAUUCUCAGAACAGUGACAUAAUUCAACAGGAUAUGUGAAUUAGAGUGUUAAUUUCAAUAACGAAAUGUUUUGUGUUGUGGUUGACCCAUUUCUACUGCACAAAUGAGGUCUCACCGUAUACACCAGAUUACCACAGACACUGACAUUUUAAUGUGACCGUACUCAUCACAAUAAUUACCAGCCUUUAGAAACCCUUAAACACACUACAAGUACGCAGUCCCUGCUGUGCAGGACAUUUCCAUGGUCUUUCGUUUAGAUCCUUCCUCUGCGACAUCGUAAAGCAUGACACAUGUCCCCUGGUGCUGUUGUGUCGCCUAAAACACGGAGGGUUAACCCUUUACGGUCAGUGUGACCCUGGGAUCCCGCCAAGUUUAGACGUUUGAAUCCAAAGAUUAUUUGUUACUCUAUUUAUACACUAUCUGACUGGCCCACCAGGCAAAGGUUGGAUGGAUAAUCACUCCGCAGGACGAGACACUUGGCAGAAUAUAGACGUGCGGAAAGCCCAUUCGUGUGGCAGUUAUCAGCAGUCCCUUCACCAUUGACCAGAAAAGCCUUGUCCCGCCUCCCUGUAGGGCGUGCUGGUGCAGCCUUAAGGGAAUUGAGCUACGUUUGGAAUACACACUUUGAAAGAUUGUUAAGUCAGAUGUGUCUCAGUUUGUUUAUCUUUCAAACCUCGAGGUUUGAAAACAGACUUUUGGAGGUACUUAUAAGGCACGAUGUUAUAAACGUUUAUACAGAUUAAAAGUACAAUUAAUUAAAUAUUUUUCUAAUAUAUGAGAAAGAAGCCCAAACCCAAUAUAGAUUUUUGUUAUAAUAUUUAUAACAAUAACAGUAAUUUGCCUAUCUGCGUCGUACAAUCUCACUGAGGACUUUUCCAUUUCAACCUAAGACCAACCCCUUACCUCUCCACCCAGUCACACGCCAGCUCUCCUGUGACUGACACUGCAGCUGGCCUCUCCCAACACUCCAUCCACAAUGUUAACAAGCACAACACUAAUAACACGACAACACGGGCCUGUUCCAGAGGGCGUGAGGUUCUGAGGGAAAAUGUGCAGAGACACAAUAUUAAUAUAAUUGUAAAAUAUUAAUAUUAUUGUUAGAUUUUAUCUGAACAUUCCACAACUUUGCGCCCUUCUGAACGCAGCCCGGGUGUAGUUGUUCUCUUCUUCAGCGUAAGUUAUUACUAUGCAUUCAGUGUCGCAAGCGGUUGGUUCUUUUUAAAAAUGGCCUAGUUUGUAUUCAAUAGGCAAUAAAUGCAGGGGGCGAAUAAACAAAAAGAAAUUCCUCUUUCCCUCUGUAUGUUUUAUCUUUGCACACCCUAAUGAAUACAACUCUGUUGACAUGCCAGUGUGGAUGUUAUUUAGCCUACAGAAUGGUUGAAUAAAUGGUCUGUUCUAGACUACGUUACGUUGCAAUGAGUAAUGCCGUUGGCUAAACGCUUCCACUGGGUUAUUAGGUAACACUUUAAGCCAACCUGUGCAAUGCCUUAUAAACUUGUUAUAAGCCUUUCUAAAGUGUUAUUGUAAUUUGUUGGGUUAAUUCUGUUUCUACAGGAUGUGUUGUCAGACUGGAUGACAGCCAGUCUGCCUGUGUGAUGCCUUAUAACUUCUUAAAAGCUUUUAUGAGGCCUUCAUCCGUUUUGUUUUGGGGCGAAUUCUGGUUCUAUGGUACGUCCUGGCCAAGUAGUGAAGUCCGCGUGUGUCAUUUUGGAAGUAUAGUCAUCAACUGUCAAUCUUUAGCCUACUCAAAGUCAGCUGGUAUGAUGCUUAACGGAUUGUUAUAAUCAUGUAUGAGCCCCUAUAAAUCAGUUAAGACACAUCCAUUCCAUUUCAGUGGGAUGUCUUGUUGUGUCACCUCAUCAGUCAUCCAGGACAAGACUAUUUAGAACGAUGCCUUAUGCCUUACUAGCCAUGUGGGAUGACUUAACGUCAUCAUUUUUGUUUCUUGGAAUGUCUGUUCAGUCUGUGUGCGUAUGUCCCUCCUGAAUUGUAGGCUAUUCAUCAAUCGUCGGUAACCAAGAGCAGUGGGUAGGCCUCCACUCGGUGGUAAAGCAAAAAACCAAAGGCUGUCUCGUGGUUCGCAGCAGUUCCAAAGUGCCUGUGAGCACAGGGUUCAUCUAUUUCCUUUUAUCAAUGUAUUUUUUUUUUUAAAGUACAUUUUAAUUAAUCCACCCUUGUAAUGAUUAGAUUAUUUGUUUUAUUUUUUAUGACAAGUAUUUUUACUUCUGUACAAAAAAGCAGUAUAUAUAAAUAUAUCGACUGUAUAUCAAGUGUAUGUGGUACAUAUUCAUUUCUAUUCCGUUGUUUGUGGCUGCCAUUUCCGACAGACGUAGCUCCCAUUCCAGGACCUGCAAUCGAGUGUCAGCCUGGCUGCGGAGGUAGCGAUCACAAUAUGUCUUUACAUUCUGUCUAAUAAAGGACACGGCUCAGUGAAACCACA